CAUUCCUUCCUCGGGUUCCGCUGCCUUGCAAUCGUGCCGUCGCUGCCCAGCCGAUUGCCGAAGCGAAGCGCUGAGCAACUACUAAUCUCGCCACGCCGCCGCGCUGCCUCUGCCGAAAUCGACCUGCCAUGACCGGCGAGGAGGCGCCGCUGGGCGCACUCAACCUGGCCGAGUACGCCCCCGCCGGCGCCCGCACCGUCGACUGCUUCAAGCGCAUCCGCAAGAUUGGGGAGGGCACUUACGGCGAGGUAUUUGAGGCUGUGGAUAUUAUAACUGGGGAAAGAGCAGCACUUAAGAAAAUCAAAUUGGAUGAUGGCAAAGAAGGGUUUCCACGCCAAAUCUUGCGUGAGAUUAAACUAUUAAAAAAGCUGGAUCAUGACAACAUCAUCAGAUUGAAAGAGAUCGUAGUUUCUCCUGGUUCUGCGCAUGUAACAGGAGGGUCAGAUGAUCACAUGUACAGGGGGGAUAUAUACAUGGUUUUUGAAUACAUGGACCAUGAUAUGAAGAAAGUCUUGCACCAUAGUAUCCCAUCUCAAGUCAAGGUUUAUAUGGAGCAGCUUCUAAAAGGAUUGCACUACUGCCAUGUGAACAAUGUACUUCAUCGUGAUAUCAAAGGAGCUAAUCUUCUAAUAAGUGGUGAUAAGCUGUUAAAGAUCGCUGAUUUUGGCCUUGCAAGACCAUUUACUAGAGAUGGAAGUUUUACAAACCAUGUGAUCACUCUAUGGUACCGACCCCCAGAGUUGCUUCUAGGUGCCACAAAUUACGCUGAAGGUGUGGAUAUUUGGUCUGUUGGCUGCAUAUUUGCAGAAUUUUUACUUAGGAAACCAUUAUUCCCAGGCAGAACUGAGCAAGAGCAGCUAUCAAAAAUAUUUGAACUCUGUGGAUACCCAAAUGAAGAAAACUGGCCAGGAGCAUCCAAGCUACCAUUGUACAAGACUAUUCAUCCUACAACGCCGACUAAGAGACGCCUGCGGGAUAUACUUAAGAACUUUGACUGCCAUGCUGUGGAAUUAAUUGAUCGCAUGUUGAUACUUAAUCCUUCUCAGAGAAUUUCUGCGCAGGAUGCUCUUCGUGCGACCUAUUUCAUCUGUUAUGGGGAAGAAACCUAGAUUUUCUGUUCUCUGGUGGAUUAAGCUCCUUAACAUAGGUGUAAGUACUAUCUGAAGACUGAAGUCUUGCUUCAUGUGCUGACCUUGGUAUAGGGCUAUCGAGGACUUGAUUUAUUUUGGGUCUUUUGUAUAUGGAUGCUAUGUACUGAUGUACAUCAUGAAUUGAGGCAUACUUUAUUUUGACUAUGAAUUAUCAGAAGUAGUUCUUCCAGUUUGUUGUAGAAAACAACAUUUAUUGAAGUGUAGGCUACAUUAAGUGCUUUCAAAUAUAGUUUUUUUCAUUA